AUGAAAGUGUUGAGAGGUGAUGGUGUUUUGAUCAAACCCUGCGCGGGUAAAGAUCAUCGUGAGCUUGUUGAACUGAACAAUCUGGAUCUAGUUGCAUAUCCAAUGUACAACAAGGUGGUGUAUGCUUUCCAAGCUCCUACCCCGAGCCCAGAGGUGUUGAAGGAAGGACUGGCUAAAGUUCUGGCGGAGUUCAGAGAAUGGGCAGGGAGAUACACGAAAGAAACAGCGAGUGGGUGCCUUGGCAUCAAUCUGAAUGACGAGGGUGUGCUUAUCAUAGAAGCCGAAGCAGAUGGAACAAUAGCAGAUGCAAUGCCCUUCGAUCCUUUUUCAUUCAUCCUUAUGUUGGUGCCACCCACAUCGACCGUCGUCAAUGAGCUCUUACUCAUGCAGUUUACUCGAUUUACUUGUGGAGGCUUGGUGAUAGGCCUAGCUAGUCAUCAUCAUGUUGCAGACGGACAAGCAGCUACAUUUUUCAUGAAUUCGUGGGGGAAAAUUAUUAGAGGAGAGAGUAGUCUAGCUCCACACUCUCCAAUAACUUCCAGUCUAAGAGCGAAGAAGUUUCAUUUUGAUGCAAUAUGUUUACAAGAACUUAAGUCAAAGGUAAAUGGAUCUGAUAAAUCAAGGAAACCCUAUACGACUUUUGAAAUCCUUGUUGCCCAUAUGUGGAAAUGCAUUACAAAAGCUAGAGGCCUUGAUGGAGAUGUGCAAACAAAAGCUAGCAUUCCAGUGGGUGGAAGAAACAGGUUGAAUCCUCCCUUGCCUGAAGAAUACUUUGGUAAUGUUGUCUAUGAAUCAUGUGCUCAAUCCAUUGCAUCAGAGAUCAUAAAUGGGUCUUUAGAAUUUAUUUCAGAGUUAAUACAUAAGUCAGUUACUAAGGUUGAUGAUGAUUUUAUACAUUCAGCGAUUGAUUUUUUUGAGCUAAGGAAAUCAAUCUUAGGGCCACCGAGCCUUAAUGAUAGAACUGAUGUGAUACCAAUAAGUUGGAUGAAAUUUCCUAUCCAUAAUUUUCAUUUUGGAAUGGGUGACCCAGUGUAUGUAGGUCCUUCAUUAAUGCUCACUGAAGGCCUUAUGAUCUUGUUUGAUUCAUACGGUAAAGCUGGAGGUGUGGAAAUUGUGGUUUGCUUGUCCAAAGCACAUAUGAAUGUACUUGAACAUAAUUGGUUUCAAGUUUGA